AUGACAGAGCCAAUCAAGGAUGGUGGCUUAGAAGUCGAAGGAGGCGGAAAUCACCGAACUGGAUUCGCUGCUUCUAGUGAACAACAGCUGCAGCCUUAUUCAUCAAACUUUUUCAGGUUUUUAUUUCAUCAACAGGGUGCAGAAACUGCUCAGGAGAUGCAGCAAAUCAAAGGCUGUGAAGCAAGGGAAAGGAGAGGGGCAGGUGGGCUACUCACCAUAGAUUUUUGUUUUGUCGCUGCAAGUAUGAUCCUUGAGUCACUUGUCCACUCUUCAAAUGCUGCUAACAACCAGAAAAAGCUGGCUAAAUCCUUUGGCGAAUUAAAAAUUGUGAUUUCUGCAACUUUCCAUUGGAAUGCUGCAAAUAAGGCCAUCGAUACAAGCCGUCGCCAAACUACGAAUGCCCAAGUGCUGGAGGAGUCUGAGGAUGAUGCAAAGGCGCAAUCUCCUGCUCCAUUCCGGAAUGCGGCAUUUCGAGCCACGGCGCAAUGCACCGACGCGGGUACUUCUGGUGUCAUCCCUGAUUCUCUAUAUCUAGAUUUGACGAAAGCCCUUGUGGACACCGACAAGAACCCCUACGAUGCUUCGGGUAUGGACGUUGCCCGGAUUGGAUUGGGUGCACCUCCGAGGCCUCCGCUCGUUGGCGAGACCCCUCGUCCAUCUGGUUCGGGCAUGGAACAUGGCACAGAGCAUAGCAUGCAAGAGGUUGUAGGCCGCAACCAGGCAAUUGAGGCCCUAAAGAAGGAGAUGGGUAUUCUUGAGGUUGAGAAGACCCGGCUUGCGGGGGAGGUUGGUGGCCUCUGCACCGCCCAAGCUGAAUUGGGGGAGCUUCAGAAGAAGGUUGACUUGCUGAACAAGGAGGUGGAUGGCGCGAAGGCUGCUGAACACUUGGCUACUGAACGCACCUUGAAAGCUAUUGAGACGGCCAACAACCUUCGCAAGCAGGAGGCACAGAAAGUGGAGGCCGCGCGUGGUGCUGCCGGAGCGCAACCUUCGCGGGCAGCACAGGCAAUGGCUAUGAAGGCCCCCUCUCCUGCUGUUGAGGCGAUGGCUCCAAGGGCUCCUUCCCCUGCAGUUGAUGUCCCAAGGCCUAGGGAACCUACGCCUGCCCCUGCUGAUUCGGAGGUGUAA